CCACCCCCCCCGCCCCCCGCCUCACUCCCCGGCAGCCCGCAGCGAGACGCGCCGCUCCCCAGCACUUUUUUGGGCCCGAGAUAUGGCAAUGGUAGUUAGCAGCUGGCGAGAUCCGCAGGAAGACGUGGCCGGGGGCACUCCGAGCGGCCCCAACCCCGCCGCGACGCAGCCGGCCCGGGAGCAGCAGCCCCAGCAGCAGGGGAGCUCGGCCACCCCACACACCCCGCAGACCCCCAGCCAGCCGGGACCCCCCUCCACGCCGGGAGCGGCCGGAGACAAGGGAGCGGGCCAGCAGGGCUCGGGGCAGAGCCAGCAGCACAUCGAAUGUGUGGUGUGCGGAGACAAGUCCAGCGGCAAGCACUACGGCCAGUUCACCUGCGAGGGCUGCAAAAGUUUCUUCAAGAGGAGCGUCCGCAGGAACUUAACUUACACAUGCCGCGCCAACAGGAACUGUCCCAUCGACCAGCACCACCGCAACCAGUGCCAGUACUGCCGCCUCAAGAAGUGCCUCAAAGUGGGCAUGAGGCGGGAAGCGGUUCAGCGAGGAAGAAUGCCGCCCACCCAGCCCAACCCCGGCCAGUACGCGCUGACCAACGGCGACCCCCUGAACGGGCACUGCUAUCUCUCGGGAUACAUCCUCCUGCUGCGGGCCGAGCCCUACCCCACCUCCCGCUACGGCAGCCAGUGCAUGCAGCCCAACAACAUCAUGGGCAUCGAGAACAUCUGCGAGCUGGCCGCCCGUCUGCUCUUCAGCGCCGUCGAGUGGGCCCGCAAUAUUCCCUUCUUCCCCGACCUGCAGAUCACCGACCAGGUGGCCUUGCUGCGGCUCACCUGGAGCGAGCUCUUCGUCCUCAAUGCUGCCCAGUGCUCCAUGCCCCUCCAUGUGGCCCCGCUCCUGGCCGCCGCUGGCCUCCACGCCUCCCCCAUGUCGGCAGACCGCGUUGUCGCCUUCAUGGACCACAUCCGCAUCUUCCUAGAACAGGUGGAGAAGCUGAAGGCGCUGCACGUCGAUUCGGCUGAAUACAGCUGCCUGAAAGCCAUCGUCCUCUUCACCUCAGACGCCUGCGGCCUAUCGGAUGCUGCGCACAUCGAGAGUCUCCAGGAGAAAUCGCAGUGCGCGCUAGAGGAGUACGUGCGGAGCCAGUACCCCAACCAGCCGAGCCGCUUCGGGAAGCUGCUGCUGCGGCUGCCCUCCCUGCGCACCGUCUCCUCCUCCGUCAUCGAGCAGCUCUUCUUCGUCCGCUUGGUAGGUAAAACCCUCGAAACCCUCAUCAGGGAUAUGCUACUGUCGGGGAGCAGCUUCAACUGGCCUUACAUGUCCAUCCAGUGCUCCUAGAGCCCGUCCCGCAGCCCCGGCGGAGCGGCGGCCGAGCGGCGCCAGGGAGCGCUCGCACCCGGGGCUCUCGGGGGCGCGGGGGGG